AGUCAUACAUUCGGAGAAGAGCUUCCGUCGACGUCGGGAUGACAACGUUCGUAGUCCUGUUACCGGCGAUCAUCGUCGGUACCUGUUAUGCAGCUCGAUUAGAGAAUACAUACCUACCACCUGGGAAUGCAGGUAGUGCAGGAGGAGGAGGACUGAUCCAGGCACCAAACAGGGGCGGUGGUGGACCUGGCGGUUCUCAGAGACCAGGUUCUAAACCUGGCUUUGGCGGAGGCGGCGGCGGCUUCGGUGGUGGAAGCGGUGUCGGUGGGGGUGCCGGCGGUAGUGGAGGUCGUGGAAGCGGCGCCGGUGGCGCCGGUGGCGGCGGUGGAGGUCGAGGGGGAGCAGGUGGUGGAGCAGGUGGUGGCGCCGGUGGCAGCGGUGGCCAAGAAAUACCUGUCGUGUCGUUUAAUAGUGAAAAUAACGGUGAUGGCAGUUAUCAGUUUAGUUACGAGACGGGGAAUGGUAUCACUGCUCAAGAGUCGGGCCAAUUGCAAGGUGAAUCGGAAACGGUGAGCGGGUCUUACUCGUAUACCGGUCCUGACGGGGUCCAGUACACGGUUACAUACACCGCCGACGAGGAAGGCUUCCAUCCACAGGGUGAUCAUCUUCCUACUCCACCCCCGAUACCGCCAGAAAUCCAGAGAGGGGUGGAACUCGCCCUCGCUGCUGAAGCCAGAGGCGAGAAUCAAGAUACAUCUGGCUCUGGUCAAGGUGGAGGUGCAGGUGGCAGCGGCGGUGGAGGUGGUGGUCGAGGCGGCGGUGGCGGGGGUGGCGCUGGAGUAGGUCGAGGAGGCGGAGGAGGUGGAGGCUCGGCUUAUCAAGGACCGAACUCGUAUCAGACCAGCUCGAAUGGUGGAUAUCAGUACUAAAACAGGAAACGCACAUUGUGCGAAUCAGUCAUAUCUUGAUAUUUCGUCCAGCACUCCUCGUUCUAUUGCCUUAUUCCUUCUCAACGGCAAACGCGCAUGAUGUACAUACAUAACAUACCGUUUGUACCCUUUUUAUUUAUGAGUGAGGAAAUUCUUCCGUUCCGUUCAGACUUUUAGAUAUCAACGGUAACUCACAAACCGUAUUCACAUGGCUUUCGUCAAAGGUUUUGUCAAUUUUUUAAACUAUACGAUAGAUCUUCAACUUAAGAAUUUUGAUAUAAGAUCAGUAGGCUAUAAGUAUAAGUUUGAUGGCCAAGGAUUUAAUUGUAGAUACGUCCUGUACGUCUAAUGGGGUAUGUUAAUCACUGGAGACUCGAAGGUAAUGUAACAUACCUCAUUUGAAGUCAAUUGUAGAUUACACGAAAUUCUUUCCC